AUGCGAAAGCACGAUCUUCAGUCAGCAACCAGAAUUUUCAUUAGGUUCCGGUCAAAUCAAGCACUUCUCGACCAUGGAAACUUGAACAACUCUCCUUCACUUAAUCCAAAGAAUCCCAUUACUCUACUGGAAUCAACCCCCCGUACAUCUCCAUAUACAUCUGUUCCACGGUCUCUGGUUCCCGCCGUCGUCGGUGUCCUUGCUGGCCCAGAAGCGGGCGGUGACCCUCCUCUUGCGUCGGUGUACCCUACGUCGCGCCAUGGCCGUCAAAUGCGUGUAGGAUCCCCUUACAGAGCUCGGGAUUCGGAUGGUACAAAGGACACAAUUCCGCCGUCUCCUCAAGAUCUCUGGACUCGGGCGCUAACUCUUGCUUCAAAAGAUGUAAAAAGUAUCACAAGCAAAAUGCUUAUUCACUUUUUUGAACGAGGGAAGGCAAGCUACCGACCUUGGUCCCCGACUUUGAGUUCUAAUCCCUCUAACGCUGGUCCAAACACUAGUGUUGCCGAUUCUAACACUCACCUUCCCAUUCUGGAUCACACCAUCCGAUUAACCCUGUCCCAUUAUACCACACUAAUUCAUGGGCUCCUUCUUCGUCGACAUUACUCUGUUGCCUUAUCAUGGGCCCGAAAAUUAAUUUAUCCAUUUCCCACUUUUCCAACGUAUACGUCGUCGCACUUCAAACACCUUCCUCGCGCAUCAAACCUCCCGAGAUACUCCCGAGAAUCAGUCCAUUUGUCUCUCGACGGGACAGCGCUUUCUGCUUGCCUUCUCGUCCUGGCACGUUUGGGAAGGGUUCACGAAGCUAUCGCGGUACUGGAGGCGUAUGCUGCCCCGAGUAUUAUUCCUAGUACCUUAGGAUUGACAUUGUUAGCUCGUCACACUGAUGCCAGGAACGUUCAAUUAAACACUAUACAAAUCAACGAUUUCCUCCUCACGCUGCUUCGUUGGCCAACCAAGAAACAUGCGUUACCAGUUCCCAGUGCAGACUUUCCUCUACCCUUGAAGUCAGACAAGGCAGAGCUUAUUUCGACGACUUUCGAUAAAUCAAAGAAUGCAAGGAAACCUACGGGAAAGGCCACUUUUAGAACUUCAUCUUGGCUAGCGCGAACGACAGACUCAACUCGUUCGGCCCGCCCUGAUCUACUCCUCCGAAUCCUUCCCGCUCUCUACCCGCGGUAUGGUGUCUCCUGGGAUUCGCGGACAGUAUGCCUGAUGCUUCAAGCCGUGAGGAUGAGCGCAAAGAUGGACGGAAUCAGUGCGUUUGGGUUGAGGAAGGUUAUUAAGGAUAUCUUUGCCGGAAGUACAAAGAUUAAACGGAAGGAAAUGUUGGAUGAAUCCUUGCAGUUGCAAUCAAACUUGGAACAGACUCGAGGGCCGGACUCUGUGGACAGACAGAGCUGGCUCGUAGAUAAUAUCAUGGAAGUGCUUUGGGAGCCCCUCGGCGAUGAAAGUAUCCUUCCUUCUUCCCGUCCUCCAUUAAAACUUUCCAUCACCAAAGCGAGCAAAAAAUUCAAGAAGAAAGAGACACCCCUUACGCAUACUCCCAGGAAAUCUUCUCUUCGUCCGUUGGAAUAUGGUCCAUUCACGCCUUGGCCUGUGACUGCCUCAUCUCCGCCACCUUCACUAACACUUACCUCUAAUAUCAAGACUGAUACUGGAUCUGAUACACAUUUCCCAUACCCGACUUUGACCCACCCUUUCCUUCUCGCGCGUGAGAUAUUUCUCAGACUCGUUUGGGAGCACGCAGCCAGUUCCAAUAUAAACGAAAAUGCUGACAUCGAUCUCCACGCUCUUCCUUCGCCAGCAGUCAUACCGCCAUCUUCACUCGCCCGGCUGCUUGACCCGGAUGGAGAUGGUUUAGGUCACCUGGGUGGGUUACCGAAGUGGUUCGGUCUCCUCGAAGAAGCUCUGAAACGAAAGUUUGGUUUUGGUUCAAAAUUGCUUACGAUUUCAUCUAUAAUGUCAUCGGUUUCAGCGAAAGCGAACCCUCGGAUGAAGUUGGUCGAUGAAGUGUUUGGGUAUCCCGAAGAUCCACAUUCGCCUACGCUUCCAAAACUUACACCCACUGCUUUUCACCAUUAUAUACUCAUGCUUGGGCUUAGCGCGCCUGAGCCAUGGGAGUUUGUCCAGACUGGGUGGAAUCAACGAUAUCCGUUCCAAGGGUAUCCACAUUCGAUUGGCUCAACCUACAUCAGCACUAAUGCCAUUACUCGUUCCACCUCCCCUCCAUCCUCCGGCCCCUUCACUAGUUGUACUUCUACACCACAAACUACUAAAGAUGUCGUGCCUGCGAUUUCUCCUCUCUCUAUCCCUGGACCCUCCGAAAUACCCAUCACUCUCUCCUACAUGCGCGCCCUGCGGCUUGUGCCUACGAAAGACACCUUGUGUGCCGCGGUAGUGUUUUGGAGAGAGGCAGUGGGUGGUGAGACGUUAGCCGAACUAGGUGUCAGAGAGUAUAAGAUGAGUUCUAUGGAACGGGGAGAUGGGGAGGAAGAAGAUGCGUAUACGCGAGAGUAUGAAACGUGGAAGGUUAAUGUAGAACCUCCGGAAAGCAGAAACAAUCUGGACUGCAAAGAGGGGGGACAAAGAAGUGGUAAGACAACAAUCAGUGAAAUUGGGACAAUGGGAGAGUUUGCCAAAUUCUGUCGAUGGAUCCGAGAAUGGGUGGAUGAAAUCAAUGUGGGUACAGGCACGGGCGGAAAAACUACGCUGACGAUGCCUCAUCCGUAUCAUAUACAUCGUUGGGCGGGAAUUGUGAGGAAGAUGCGUGAAGGUCAAGGAUACGACUCGGAGGACGACAAUAUGUAA